CCUUUCUGCUUGAUUAAAAGAUCCUAAUCGGCUUGGAGAGAUUAAGGGCUGCAGCGGGCUGUUCCCACACCCCUGCCCUGGGCUGGGCUGCCAGGGGAGACCGAAGGGGUAUCGUCCCUGUGACCCCUUAGCCAAAUCCUAGCCCCGGACUUUCUGAAGAGGACGAUGAGCCCGUGGCUUCUGCCAGCGGGAGGGCUUCCCGGCGCCGGGUUCUGUGUCCCUGCAUGGCAGUCCCCGUCCAGCCUCUUGCGGGUCCUGUGCUGGUCAGGUCCUGGGCUGCCCGGACUCCUGCUCCUGCUGCUGCUCUCAUCUCCUUCUGCCUUCUCCGCUGUGUUCAAAGUGGGGGUGCUGGGCCCCUGGGCUUGCGACCCCAUCUUUGCACGGGCCCGACCGGAUUUGGCUGCGCGUCUGGCCUCCGACCGCCUGAAUCGUGACUUUGCCUUAGACGGCGGCCCCCGGUUCGAGGUUGCGCUGCUCCCAGAACCCUGCCUGACCCCGGGAUCACUGGGGGCUGUGUCUUCCGCGCUGUCUCGAGUCUCAGGCUUGGUGGGUCCAGUGAACUCCGCAGCCUGCCGGCCAGCCGAGUUAUUAGCCCAAGAAGCUGGAGUAGCACUGGUGCCCUGGGGCUGCCCUGGCACAAGGGCGACGGGUACUACAGCCCCGGCGGUGACCCCCGCUGCAGAUGCUCUCUACGUCCUCCUUAGAGCAUUCCGCUGGGCACGCGUGGCCCUGAUCACUGCACCCCAGGACCUGUGGGUGGAGGCGGGACGCGCUCUGUCCACAGCACUCAGGGCCCGGGGCUUGCCAGUUGCCCUAGUGACCUCCAUGGAGCCUUCAGGCCUGUCUGGAGCCCGGAAGGCCCUCAGGAGGAUCCGAGACGGGCCUAGAGUUAGAGUAGUGAUCAUGGUGAUGCACUCGGUGCUGCUGGGCGGCGAGGAGCAGCGCUACCUAUUGGAAGCUGCAGAAGAGCUGGGUCUGACUGAUGGCUCCCUGGUUUUCCUGCCUUUCGACACGCUUCACUACGCUUUGUCUCCAGGCCCGGAGGCUCUGGCUGCAUUUGUCAACAGCUCCCAGCUCCGCAGGGCUCACGAUGCCGUGCUCACACUCACACGCCGCUGUCCUCCCGGAGGCAGCGUGCAGGACAGCCUGCGCAGGGCCCAAGAACACCAGGAGCUGCCCCUUGACCUCGACCUGAAGCAGGUCUCUCCGCUGUUCGGCACCAUCUAUGACGCCGUCUUCCUGUUGGCUGGGGGCGUGGCGAGAGCAAGAGCAGCGGUGGGUGGCGGCUGGGUGUCAGGGGCAUCUGUGGCCCGCCAAGUACAGGAAGCACAAGUCUCUGGCUUUUGCGGGGUCCUGGGAAGAACCGAGGAGCCCUCCUUUGUGCUGCUGGAUACAGAUGCGUCAGGAGAACGGUUGUUAGCAACACACCUGCUGGAUCCUACCUUAGGCUCCCUGCGGUCCGCUGGGACCCCCGUGCACUUCCCUAGAGGUGGACCUGCUCCAGGACCAGAUCCUUCCUGCUGGUUCGAUCCAGAUGUGAUCUGCAGUGGAGGGGUGGAGCCAGGCCUGGUCUUUGUUGGCUUCCUCCUGGUGAUAGGGGUGGGACUGACUGGAGCCUUCCUGGCUCAUUACUUGAGGCACAGGCUGCUACACAUGCAAAUGGCCUCCGGCCCCAAUAAGAUCAUCCUGACCCUGGAAGAUGUUACUUUCCUCCACCCACAGGGGGGUAGCUCUCGAAAGAUGGUCCAGGGAAGUAGAGCCAGUCUGGCUACCCGGAGUGCAACAGACAUUCGCAGUAUCCCCAGCCAGCCCCAAGAAAACACCAACAUUGGCCUCUAUGAGGGGGACUGGGUUUGGCUGAAGAAAUUUCCAGGGGAACGUCAUAUGGCUAUCAAGCCAGCAACCAAGACAGCUUUCUCCAAGUUGCGGGAGCUCCGGCAUGAGAAUGUGGCUCUCUACCUGGGACUCUUCCUGGCCGGUACAACAGACAGCUCUGCCAACCCUGGGAAGUGCAUCUUGGCUGUGGUCUCAGAGCACUGUACUCGGGGCUCCCUCCACGACCUCCUGGCCCAGAGGGAGAUAAAGCUGGACUGGAUGUUCAAGUCUUCUCUCCUGCUGGACCUCAUCAAGGGAAUGAGAUAUCUGCACCAUCGUGGUGUGGCCCACGGGAGGCUCAAGUCACGGAAUUGUGUGGUGGACGGGAGGUUCGUGCUCAAGGUGACAGAUCACGGCCACGGGCGACUGCUGGAAGCGCAAAAGGUGUUACCUGAACCCCCCAGUGCAGAGGAUCAGCUAUGGACAGCCCCAGAGCUGCUUCGGGACCCAGCCCUGGAGCGACGGGGAACUCUAGCUGGCGAUGUCUUUAGCCUGGGCAUCAUCAUGCAGGAGGUUGUGUGCCGCAGCACCCCUUACGCCAUGCUGGAGCUAACGUCCGAGGAAGUAAUAGAGAGGGUGCGGAGCCCUCCUCCACUGUGUCGGCCCUUGGUGUCAAUGGACCAGGCACCCAUCGAGUGCAUCCAGCUGAUGACACAGUGCUGGGCAGAGCAUCCAGAACUUCGACCCUCCAUGGACCUCACCUUUGACCUGUUCAAGAGCAUCAACAAGGGCCGGAAGAUGAACAUCAUAGACUCCAUGCUUCGGAUGCUGGAGCAGUACUCCAGUAACCUGGAGGACCUGAUCCGAGAGCGCACAGAGGAGCUGGAGCAGGAGAAGCAGAAGACAGACAGGCUGCUCACACAGAUGCUGCCUCCAUCUGUGGCUGAGGCCCUGAAGAUGGGGACACCUGUGGAGCCUGAGUACUUUGAAGAGGUGACACUCUAUUUCAGUGACAUUGUGGGCUUUACCACCAUUUCAGCCAUGAGCGAGCCCAUUGAGGUGGUAGACCUGCUUAACGACCUCUAUACACUCUUCGAUGCCAUCAUCGGUGCCCACGAUGUCUACAAGGUGGAAACAAUUGGAGAUGCAUAUAUGGUGGCCUCCGGGCUGCCACAGAGGAACGGGCAGCGGCAUGCUGCCGAGAUUGCCAACAUGUCACUGGACAUCCUCAGUGCAGUCGGCUCCUUCCGCAUGCGCCAUAUGCCAGAGGUACCAGUGCGCAUCCGCAUUGGUCUGCACUCAGGCCCGUGCGUGGCCGGUGUGGUGGGCCUCACCAUGCCUCGGUACUGCCUGUUUGGGGACACGGUCAACACUGCCUCACGAAUGGAGUCCACUGGACUGCCUUACCGCAUCCAUGUAAACAUGAGCACUGUUCAGAUUCUUCGCGCUCUGGACCAGGGCUUCCAGAUGGAGUGUCGAGGCCGCACAGAGCUGAAGGGCAAGGGUGUUGAGGACACGUACUGGCUUGUGGGCAGAGUCGGCUUUAACAAGCCCAUUCCCAAACCACCUGAUCUGCAGCCAGGGGCCAGCAACCAUGGCAUCAGCCUGCAGGAGAUUCCCCUAGAGAGACGCAAGAAGCUGGAGAAAGCUAGGCCAGGCCAGUUUACUGGGAAGUGAAGCCCUACUGGGGACAGGAUUAUUCUGCAAGGCCCUUCCUGAAGUUGCUGCUAUACAUGGGAGCAAGGCCCAAGGCUUCUGUCCAAUUCUGCCUUCAAGGAUUUUGGGUCAGGAGUCUGCUGCAGACCAGUUCUGUGACCCUGGGAAGAUCUGAAGUGCUGUCCAGGCUCUUCUCGGUGGUAGAAUGAGUGGGGCUAAGUGGUUUCCAUCACCCUGUGGCCCUGACAGUGAGGUUUUAGAAUGGCUGAUCUUGGGAUCAGGAUUCUCUGGCACAUACCACCCCCACCCCGUUCCAAGGACUCUGAGUUCACAGGAGGUUGUAGAGGUGCUCUACUCUCUAGGUCCUGUGAGACACCAAAAGUAAGGAUCUGGGUUCAGAAACCCCAGGGGAAAGUGGAGGCCUCAUGUUCUACCAGAGCAGGGGUCAUCAUGUAGCCUGGAAAGACCAGGGCUUCUGUUCACCCCAAGUCUCCAUUACUCACUGGUCAGAAACUGGUUCCUUCUCCAAUGGACAGAACCAAAGCGCUUGCCCAAGUGCAGAGAAAAGCUUGCUCUGGAGGAGGGAAACUCGCUGCACCCAAACUGCACCCAAACUUUGCUAACCAGAGUGGUAGAUGAAUAAUUUACCCUGAGCUUAGCUGGGCGCUGGUAAAUAGACCGUUGAAGAAAACAAUUUCUGCUGAGAUCUUUGCAACUAAUGCCCACAUCCAAUACUGGCAAACCCCCAGCUGCAGUUUCCUUUGCGGAACUCUGAGGUGCCAGAGCCUGGGCUUUGGCAUGUUUGACUCUGGCUGUCUUGAAGCUGUUAGCACCAGACACCCAGUAGGUGGUGAGUGUCCAGGACCUGGUGAUGUGCAGAACUGGAGAGGUGUUAACAGAAUCUGAAAGAGAUUAAAUGAAGCCCUCCCUAUGGGGCAUGCAGCUGGCAGGCCAGCAGCAUUGGAUCACUGUUAGACUCAGUCUCACUCCACACCCAUGGAAUCAAGUCUGCAUGUUAAGGGGGCCCCUCAAAGUGUUACUGGCAUGCAUA